AUUUUAAAGCAAACUACUGAUUACUGGAGGCAAACUAAGUGGCUCUACCAAACAAAUGUCAAGGGACCGUUUCGACAUGAUCUGGAGAUAUCUCCAUCUAGAAGAUAACUUGGACCCUGCCUUGGAUAAAUCCGAUAAGCUGUGGAAGAUCCAGCGGUUCAUGGACCUCCUCUUGCAUCAGUUCCAGGCCCUCUAUGAGGUCAAUGGGUUUGUGAGCGUGGAUGAGUCCAUGGUAAAAUACAAGGGACGCCUUGCCUUCCGGCAGUACCUCCCCAUGAAGCCGGUGAAGUGGGGGAUAAAGGUGUGGGUCAUGGCAGAGAGCAAUACAGGCUACGUAAACAAUUUUCAAGUUUACACAGGGGCCAUUGCAGGCAAGACCGAGACAGGCCUGGCUUACCGGAUUGUGUCAGACCUGGCUAAACCGUAUUUUGGGUCAAACUUGUGUGUUUACAUGGACAACUUUUACACCAGCGUGAAGUUGUUGCUGGAUCUGCAGGUCAGGGGUGUGCCUUUACAAUGCUUUGGUUAAAAUGUUAUUUGUUGUAUUUUAUAUCAUCGAUUUAUACUGUUUUUUCUUCUUAAUCUUGUUUUGAGAAUGUUUUUAAAAUGUUGCUGUUAUGGUUGUGCUCAGGGAGCAUGUUUUAAUAAAACCUGUAGUUCUUACCUUUAAAAUGCUUUUUAUUUCAUGUUUCUAGGUGCUCCAGAGGCUUAGAUAUUAAGGUUUAUGUAGACGUUGACAAUUCUUACUAUUUUCUCAGAAAAACCUCAGGAAAUGAGGUUCUUUUUCCUAGAAUAGCAUAGGAUUUUAGCAGGCGUUUUUAGCAGGCGUUUUAGGCAUAAAUGGGUUAAAG